AUGGCAGCUGUCAAUCGCUCCAGCUUUACCAUCACCAAGUGCAUCCUGGUUGGCGUGGAAGGCCUGGAGGAAUCUCAGAUGUGGAUCUCCAUCCCCUUCUGCUUCAUGUAUCUCCUCGCUCUGCUGGGCAACGGCCUCCUCCUCUUCGUCAUCGCCAAGGAGCGCAGCCUCCAUGAGCCCAUGUUCCUCUUCCUGGCCAUGUUGGCCGUGGCCGACGUAACGCUGUGCACCACCACCAUGCCCAAGACCCUUGGCAUCUUCUGGUUCCACGCCCAGGAGAUCGACUUUGGGUCCUGCGUCACCCAGAUGUUCAUCAUCCACUUCCUUUUCGUAGCCGAAUCGGCCAUUCUCCUGGCGAUGGCGUAUGACCGGUACGUUCCCAUCUGCGACCCACUGUGCUACGCCACUGUGCUGACGCCCUCGUGGAUCGUGAGGAUCUUGGUGGCUGCGGUGGUGAGGGCCUUCUGCCUGAUGGCCUCCUUGACCUUCCUCUACUGCAACGUCAUUUCCCACACCUUCUGUGAGCACAUGGGCAUCGUUAAGCUGGCCUGCGCCGACAUCACGCUCAACAUCUGGUACGGGCUGACCGUGGCUCUCUUGACCACGGGGGUCGACACGGUUUUGAUCGCUGUUUCGUACGCUUUGAUCCUCCGUGCCGUCUUCCGCCUCCCGUCCAGAGACGCCCGGGCCAAAGCCCUGGGCACCUGCGGCUCCCAUGUCUGUGUCAUCCUGAUGUUUUACGUCCCAGCCUUCUUCUCCAUCUUCGCGUACAGGUUUGCAGCCAACAGCAUCCCCCGCCCCGCUCACAUCCUGCUGGCCAAUGUCUUUGUCACUGUGCCCCCUAUGCUGAACCCCAUUGUCUAUGGGGUGAAAACCAAGCAGAUCCGCGAGUGCUUGGUUCAGCUGCUCUGGCGGUCCGGGAAGUGGCGCUGA